AUGUUGCGAGCGCCCGUUUUGAGUCGUUCAGUCCGCAGAAACAUUCAAAUUCGUAUGAAAUCUAGCGGAUUCAUAAGAAGUUCGUUUAUAGAUUAUUUUGUAAAUGAACAUGGUCAUAAAAAUAUUAAGUCUAGUUCCGUUGUAUCUCUAUGUGACCGUACAGUUCCUUUCGUGAAUGCUGGAAUGAACCAGUUUAAAGGGAUUUUCCUUGGCCUCGCAAAUGCUCCGUAUCCUCGAGUAGUCAACUCUCAAAAAUGUGUCAGAGUAGGCGGUAAACAUAAUGAUCUUGAUCUGGUUGGAACAGAUGGACAUCAUCACACAUUCUUUGAGAUGCUGGGAAACUGGUCAUUCAAUGAUUAUUACAAGAAAGAAGCGUGCCAAAUGGCAUGGGACUUGUUAUUGGGUCCUUACCGAUUGAAACCAGAGAAUCUGCUGGUGACAUACUUCUCUGGCGAUGCUGUUAUAGGACUGCAGGAGGAUAAAGAGUGCAGAGAUAUAUGGAAGAAGAUUGGAGUACCGCAAAAUCGUCUUAAAGGUCAUGGUGCAAGGGAUAAUUUUUGGGAGAUGGGUCCAUCAGGUCCGUGUGGUCCCUGCACUGAAAUUCAUUACAUACAUCCCGAUGGUAGUCUGACAGAAAUAUGGAAUCUAGUCUUCAUACAAUGCAACAGGGAGGUAGAUGGCUCAGUAACAGCCCUGCGGCAACAUCACGUUGACACUGGACUUGGGUUGGAGCGACUCGCAUCUUUGCUUCAGGGCGUACCUUCCAAUUACGACACGGAUCUAUUCAAACCUUUAAUUAAAACUAUUGAAAAGUCUGCCAAAGUCCCUGCCUACAAAGGUCGUUUUGGUCAAGGCGCAGAGUUAGACACUAGCUACCGUCGACUGGCAGACCACGCUCGACUACUGGCUAUCUGUCUAGCGGAUGGAGCCCUACCCUCAACAAAUCUGAACGUGAAGCAGAUCAUGCGAAAAUCAUUCAAGCUCAGUACCGACGUAUUCAAAAACCCAAACCUAGUGAAUAUUUUAUAUGACGAAGUAGUUUCAACGCUAGGAGACACUUAUCCGGAACUGAUCGCAAAAGAAAAGGAAGCUAAACUCAUAAUAGAACAGGAAAAAGAAAAUUAUUCGAAAUUAAGAGCUGAUUUGGCCAAGAAAUGGAAGAAUUUGGCCAAGAAAUAUCCUGAGGUUGAGGCGUUGAGUGAUAUAGAAAUAUCAGGCUUCGCUUUGGGUUACGAGGAGUUUAAGGAAACAAUGACGAAAAUUAAUUCAAAAGUAAUACCAGGGGAUCUGGUUUUCAAAAUGUAUGACACUCAUGGCUUCCAAGAAGACGUUAUAGAGAGAAUAGCAAAGUUAAAUAAUAUGGAGAUCGAUAAAAAGCAAUUCUGGAAACUUUUAACCAAUCACAAAAUGAGACACAAGACGGCCUUCAAGGAACAAACGUCCAAGAACGGUAUAAAGUUCGACAAAGCUGUAGAAAAACUAGCGAAAAGCGGCAUUAAAUAUACAAAUGAUUUGCCAAAAUACGAUUUUAUAUACACAGAUAAUAAAGUCACUUUUCGGCCUUUAAAAACUAAAAUAGUAGGAAUUCUGAACGAAGACGGCGAAUGGCUGGACUUCUCGGAGCCGUGCGAAAAUAGACCUUAUUACAUAGUGACCGAGAGCACAAACUUUUAUUGUGAAGAGGGAGGUCAAGCAGCAGACGACGGGGUCGUUCAGAUCAGAGAAAAUAUUGCUUUCAAUGUAGACAGCGUCUUUAAAAUACGAGGAAUUAUAUUCCAUAAGGGAGAAUUCAGUUUGAAAAACGCGGAAAAUAUGUACGUGUCUAUUGGACUCGAUGUUAGUAUGAUCAUUAAUAGAGAGAAGAGACUAAGUAUCAUGAGGAACCACACGGGCGUGCAUCUGUUGAACGCCGCGGUCAGGCAGGUGUUGCCAGAUAGUGUGAUCUGUCAGACAGGGUCCAGUGUUACCGACAGAGGGCUCUCAUUGAGUCUGUCGAUCUACGGAGAGAAAUUAUCGGCGAAGGCUGUUGAAGAUGCACAGGCAUUGAUAAGUUCGAGUAUAUCAUCGAACGUGCCGAUCCUGACUCGUACUCUGUCAUCCACGGAGCUCCCCGGGGAGGGGGACGUCCUCACAGUCCCGGGGGAAGUGUACCCUGAGUUUGGUUUGAGACUGGUCUCAUGUACACAACCACUGGCUUCUAAAGAGCUGUGUUGUGGUACCCACGUGCCGUCUACAGGUCAGCUACAGUCCCUGUUAGUGACGUCAGUACGAGCCAUUGGUUCCAGGUCCCCAACUAUAUACGCGCUCACCGGCACCGCUGCUAUGCAGGCCCGAGAACUGUUCUGCCGCGUUCAGAAGCUGGCGGAGGUCAUUGACCUCGCUGAGCCCUUGAUAGUUGAGGAAGAGGUCACUACCAUCAGGGAUGAACUGAAGACUCUGUGUGGGAGCAGCGGCGCCCCGGCCGGGGACUACCACGCGUGUCUGACACUGAUGGAACACUUGAAGAAGAACGCCGCUAAUAGAAACGAUACUGCACUCUUAGACAUAGCCCGUACUGAGAUCGAUGAAGCGUGUUCUGAAGCACAGCGAAGCGGUCGUCGCUUCACCGUCCACUUCCUGCGGUGUUCAUACCUCAUGAGAAGCGAUGCUGUGAGGAGUGUACUGGCCGGACCUCACAACACAUGGGGACCCGCCAUGCUGAUAGGGUGCGCGGGGGGUGUUGUCAUAGCAACCGCUAAAGUACCACAGGAGCUGGUAACAUCAUCGUUCACAGCUGACAAGUGGCUGUCCUGUAUACUACCAAUAUUCGAGGCUACAAUACUACCGCCCACCGAACAGUUCUCAACACUGACACACGCUGAGAUGAGCGCUACUAAAGUAAGUCUUAUAAACUGCGAGCAGAUGGUCCAGGAUGCUAUGAGGGUCGCCAUCAAGUAUGCGCAGGCGCACCUCAAAGACGACGAGAGAAAGACGGACGUACGGCACAACUAG